AAUUCCCGGGGCGUGGGAGAGGUGGCCACCACCAUGGCUGUGGUGACAGUGAACCUGCGUGCUGUCACCUCCUGGGUGGGCAUCGCCCGGAUCUUUGCUGUCGUGCUGUCCUGCGUGGCCUUCAGCUUGGUGGCCUCUACCAACAACUUUGGGGGUUCCUACGGGACGUGGUGCAUGUUCACAUGGUGCUUCUGCUUCACCGUGACGCUGCUGGUGCUGCUGCUGGAGCUACUGGAACUCUACCCCAAGCUGCCGCUUUCCUGGGAUGACUUCACCUCAGCUUUCUCCAUGCUGGCGGCGUUGAUGGUCUUCACCACCUCGGUGGUCUUCCCGUCCACCUUCAUCAGCAGCCCGUGCACCAGUUCUGUGUGUGCACGGCAGGCCGUGGCCACCACCAUCUCCUUCCUCUGCUUCCUUGCCUACACCCUCGAGGUGGGGCUCACCCGUGCCAAGCCAGGGGACAUCAGCAGCUUCCUCUCCACCGUGCCUGGGCUCCUCAAGGUCUUUGAAGCCUACGUGGCUUGUCUCAUCUUCUCCUUGCUGGAUAACUACAUCUCAGAAGCUGGCCUGCAGUGGUGUGUGGCCGUCUAUUCCAUCUGCUUCAUCUUCACCUUCCUCAUCAUCGUCUUCACCAUCGGCCGGUACCUCUCCUACAUCCCUUGCCCGCUGGAGAAGAUGCUAGUGGGCUACAGUGCUCUGGCCCUGGUGAUGUACAUCACUGCCACCAUCCUCUGGCCCCUCUACAGUUUCAGGGGGAAGAGCCGCCCCAGCCCCUGUGACAAGAACUGCUGGUGGAACAAGCACCUGGGGGUCACCUUCCUCACCAUCUUCAACCUCAUUGCCUACAUGGUGGACCUGGUCUACUCCACCAGAAUGGUCUUCCUCAGAACUCCCUGAGGGGUGGUGGGACCGGGCUGGUGGAGCUGAGGAAGAGGCCGGAUGCCUCGGAAAGCUCCUGCUCCCCAUGCUGGAGCCAAGGGCUGGGGCGUGGUGCCGGGGAAGCAUGGGGGGGACACCA